GGACGGUAAAAAUAAAAACAAAAAUAUUUGAAAAAAGAAAUACUAGAAAAUAGAUAAAAAGUCCAAAAACGCAAUUGGUAAGGGUCAAAAAAUCAAAAAAGACAAAAAAACGCAUCCCAUCGUCUGUCCUGCAGCACUGGGUGACUGAAACGCCGUGGCCAUGGCGGCUUCUCUCCGGUCAAAUUUCAGCUUCCUCAACCCUCACCUUUUCACUCACACUCAUCCUAAAUUCACCACGAGAAGAAGAUGCUUCGUUCCCAUAGUCUGCGGAAGACGGGACAACCGUGGUCCUCUGCAGAAAGGCCGAGUUCUAAGCAUCGAAGCCAUCCAAGCCGUCCAAUCCCUCAAAAGGGUUCACAGAACCGACCCGAAUAACCUCAAAAACUCCGAAGCGAUCCUCUCCCGCCUCAUCAAAGCCGACCUCAUUGCGACCUUCAAUGAGCUGCUGCGGCAGGAGCAGAUUGAAAUCGCCCUCAAGGUAUUCUCCGCUAUCCGAUCCGAAUACAAUCCGGAUUUGGGUCUGUACGCGGAUUUGGUUACGGGUUUGGAUAAGAAAGGACUGACGAAGGAGAUUGACGAUCUGGUGUGCGAAUUGGAGGAGGCGGCGGGGGGCGGAAUUGAUUGGGAUGACAAAGGCUUGGUGGCGCUGGUUAGAGCGUUGAUUGCAGCUGACAGAGCGGAAUCGACGGUCAGGAUUUACGGGCUGAUGAAGAGAAACGGGUGGGGCUCCAAUUCGGAGUCGAUGGAUGAGUAUCUUGCUAAAGUUUUGAUCAGAGGGUUGAGGCUAUUUGGGGAGGAGGAUUUGGCAGAUGAGAUUGAUGAGAAAUUAAAGAGAUUGUAUAAGGGUGUCCUGGGUAGUGGGUUCACAGUAGUAUGAUUCGUGGACUUUUUCUGGUUUGAAUUUUGAUUUACAAUAUCAGAAACAUUACAGAGUGAAAUUAUUCUGCUUUACUCUAUUGUCACAUUAUUAGUUACAGUAUUAUAUUUCUUCCGUUGAACCCUACUUCAUGGCCUAGUUGAUGUUUUGAAUUCCCAGGAGAGAUGAUAAAAGUGCUUCCAAGACAGUGAAUCACAGUAUCGCACAAUGGUGGUGGUUGUUACUCUGAAUUUUUUUGUGCUGGGGGAAUGUAACAAUUAAAAUGCUGGCAAAUGGAAUUCUUAUACUCUCAUUUCACGAAAUAAUUAUCUGGUUUCAUUUGGGACGGAUGAAUUAAUAAUGUAUUCUUGUUUCAAAAAGUUCUGUGAAAAAAGAAAAAAUCAAGAGAUGAUCAAAUUCAUUCACUGGCAUUUUGAUCAUCUGCAAUUUUGGAGCAAGAACAAAAACGAAGGAGUAGAAAGCCGACUGGAACAACUGGGCUUCGUUGGAACAUAAUUUGUAUAACAGGGCCCAAAUUGUAUUGGUCACUUUUAUGGGCUUCAUGUUAGAUGUGGCAGACUCUGUAAUCUAAAACCAGAAGUCUGAAACUUUUCGUUUUAUUUCGG